AUGGAUGGAAUACAUACUGAGCCCGAGGAUAAUAUUGCCGUGGAUCCCACGACCCAUAUCACGACCGUUUACGGCGAUGACUGGCAAUCGGAAACCACUUCGAUCGGCUCCUCGCUUUAUCGGGGGCUAGAGGAGAAUGGCCGACGGUAUCAAACGUUGAGCCAGAAGGAAUAUCUGGUCCCAUCGGAUGAGAAGCAAUUCGAGACAUACGAAGCUGGCCACUUGGUAGCUCUCGUCAUGGACUCAGAAUAUGACAACCCUCUUUUCCGAGCGCCGGUGAAGGAUCCUAAAAACAUCCUUGAUCUUGGAACCGGUCUGGGUAACUGGGCCAUUGAUGUAGCCGACAUGUUCCCAACCGCCACCGUCCGCGGAGUCGAUCUCUUCCCCCCACCAGUAACGUGGAUGCCCCCAAACUGCAUCCUGGAAGUCGACAACAUCGCCCAAGACUGGACCUGGGACGAACCUCAAGACCUAAUUCACAUGCGCAUCAUGAUCGGAUCCUUCGACGACGUGGAAUGGGCACGCGUCUACCAGCAAUGCUACGACAACAUCCGCCCUGGCGGCUGGAUCGAACAAUUAGAAGCAAGCCCCUACAUCGAAUGCGACGACGGCAGUCUUCCAGAAGAUAACAUCCUUCGCAGCUGGGGCCCAGCCCUAUCCGCCUGCGGUCAGCGUGCCGGCCGCCCGCUAGAAACAAUCGACAUGAUGCAAGAUGCGUUCCGUAAGGCCGGCUUCGUGGACAUCUGUGUAAAAGACUACAAGUGGCCCAUUGGCCCCUGGCCCCGUGAUCAGAAAUUUAAAGAGGCCGGCACGGUUAACCACCAUCAUUGGACGUCCGGUAUGGAGGGCUGGGCGAUGUGGUUGCUAUGUAAAUUCGGGGCGCCGCAACCUUGGUCUAGGGAUGAGGUGAUUGUUUAUGUGGCGAAGUUGAGGGCGGAGCUUAAGAAUCCGAGGUAUCAUAUUUAUGAGCGCGCGCGACGUGUGUGGGCGAGGAAGCCUUUCCCCGAGGAAAUUGUGGCGAGGAAUCAGGCUAAUGAGAGGACUGCUAUCAAGAUUGAGUGA